CCAGUGGAAACAGAAAUUUUGUACAGGAAUGUUGAAUAAUAAAACCUGGUCACUUGCUAUUCAUAUUAUGACAGCUUGUUAUCAGUAACCAACAGGUGUUUGUCAAGUGUACACGAAUAAUUUUGAAAUGAAUUUUAAGGCCCAGCCAAAAGGAUUUUCUACGAAAGCAAUUCAUGCUGGUCAGGAUCCAGAUCAAUGGAAGAGCGCUUGUGUAAUACCUCCUAUCUCGUUAAGCACAACAUUUAAGCAGGAUGCACCAGGAGAGCACAGAGGCUUUGAGUAUUCGCGCAGUGGUAACCCGACUCGCAAUGUUUUGGAGACUUGCCUGGCUUCUCUCGAUAACGCGAAAUAUGGCUUGACUUUUUCGUCCGGAUUAGGAGCAACGACUGCUGUAUUGACAAUGCUCAAUAGUGGAGAUCAUAUAAUAAUGGGAGACGAUGUUUAUGGCGGCACAAAUCGAUUGAUAAGACAAGUGGCAUCGCGCUUGGGAAUAUCAGCAACUUUUGUUGAUGCUACUAAUUUGGAAAAUUUUAAGACAGCUUUAAGGUCUGAGACCAAGUUGGUGUGGAUUGAAUCGCCUACAAAUCCCCUUAUUAAAGUGACGGAUAUUAAAACCAUUGCCGAGAUAUGUCAUAAGUUCGGAGACGUUACUGUUGCAGUGGAUAAUACAUUCUUGACGUCAUACUUUCAAAGGCCGCUAGAGCUUGGUGCAGACUUAGUUUGUUAUUCUUUGACUAAAUAUAUGAAUGGUCAUACUGAUGUUGUUAUGGGCGGUAUAACCAUGAACUGUGAAAAACUAUAUUCAAAGCUAAAAUUUUUACAAAACGCCGUUGGAAUUGUACCUUCGCCAUUCGAUUGUUAUCAGGUUAAUCGAAGUCUUAAAACUCUAUCACUUCGCAUGCUUCAACAUCAAAGUAAUGCAAUUUUAGUUGCCAAAUUUCUUGAAUCACAUGAUUUUGUUGAAAAAGUGUUGCACCCAGCUUUACCGUCUCACCCACAUCAUGAAAUUGCUCUAAAACAGACGUAUGGCUAUAGCGGAGUAUUUUCCUUCUAUAUUAAAGGGGGCUUGAAGCAGGCAACAGAAUUUUUGAAAGCUCUGAAAAUAUUUACACUGGCUGAAAGCCUUGGUGGAUAUGAAAGUUUAGCAGAAUUACCAUCAAUUAUGACGCAUGCUUCUGUUCCCAUUGAAGAUCGAAAAUCAUUGGGUAUAACUGAUGCGCUAAUACGCUUGUCAGUUGGCUUAGAGGACUCAGAAGAUUUGAUAAAUGAUUUGAAACAAGGAUUAAGGAAAGCAGCUGAAGCAUAGAUAUUAAACAUUAUAUUAAUUGAUUGUCGUCUAUAUUUCUGAAAU